GCGAUCAUAAGUUACGAACAAGUUAAUCGAGUACGUAACUUGCACGUUCCUGGCAUAAUGCUUUUGGGUUUUCAAUCAAAAAGUGAAUUCACAAAAAUUGUUUGCUGCAAACCAUGCAAUUUUAUAUAUCCGCAUGACCGCCAUAUUUUGGGAUCAAAAAGACUCUUUCGGGCAUUAUGGGAACGUUGUCGCGACUUCGAUAAAGUCACCGUAUGUUUAUUAACUAGCAAAAGUAAAUCUAUGCUUCAUUAUGUUGCUCUGAUUCCCGUCUCUCGCGAGAAUGCAACGGUGGAUUCUUAUCAUUCCUUACUGGCGAAUGAUAGCUUCAAAAAUGUUUGUUUACCUUACAAUUACUAUGUAAGCCACGUGGAUUUUAAGGACUAGAAUUCAUUGGAAAAUCAUGCCAGCGACGUAGGAGUAGUAGUAGUCUGUGAGAAACUAGUUCGUAAAUUACGCUUGAUAUACCAUCCGAGUCUGUUGAGUGACCCUAAAAUGGAUCAUCUGUAA